AUGGCUGGCCUACCAGAGAAGAUGCGUGCCCUCGUUGCGACAGCGCCCGGCACCGGCUCCGUGGAGGAGAUCCCCAUGCCCGCCGUGCAGUACGGCUCCGCCCUCGUCAAGCUCGACGCAUCGCUCAUCCACAACGCCGCCAAGCAGGCCUUUGACGCCGCAAAUCCCUUCUUCAAGAUGCCGUACCCCGUCGUCCCCGGUGCCCACGGCAUAGGCCGCGUCGUCGCCGCCGGCCCCGACGCCGUCCUCAUCAAGGAGGGCCAGCUCGUCCUGGUGGCCUCCUUCACGCGGGCCCGCGACGACCCCAACGUCCAGAACCUCUGGGGCGUCUCGCCCUUGUUCACGCCCCAGACCAUCAAGCUCUACACCUCGCUCAUUCGCAACGGAGUUUACGCCGAGUACGUGCUGUCGCCGCUCGAGAACCUCUACGUCGUGGACGAGGCUCGGUUCCUGGGCGACCCUGCUCAGGGCGGGCUGGGCCUGAGCAUUCCCGACCUCCUCCACCUGCACAUCGACGCGGUCGUCUACGGAGGCCUCAGGAGCAUCGACCUGAAGGCCGGAGAGCGCAUCAUCAUCACGCCGGGUUCCGGGUUCUUCAGCAUGGCUGCCGUCACCGUGGCCCUCGCCAUGGGCGCCGACGUCGUCGCCACCAGCCGCAACGCCGACUUCCUGGCCGCCCUCAAGAAGCUUCACCCGCGGGUGGACACCGUGCAGACGACGGGCGAUGUAGCCGCCGACAGCAAGGCUCUGGCGGCCUUUGGCCCUGUCGAGGCCGUCCUGGACAUGUCUCCGCCCUGGGCAACGGGGUCGAAAGUCCUCACGUCAGCCGCAUCGACGCUUCGGCAGUAUGGACGGGUUUGCCUGCUCGGCGGCCGCAUGGAUGAGUCUAUCCCUAUUCCCCACGGCGAGAUUCUUCUGAAGAGUCUCCGUAUUCAGGGGCAGUUCAUGUAUCAGCGGGACGAUCAUUUCCGCAUUAUCAGGCUUGCAGAGUCGGGGCUUUUGAAAUUGGGCAGGGCAGGCGGUUACCAACUCGCUGGCAGCUUUGGACUAGAUCAGUUCCAGGAAGCUUACGAGAAGUCGACGAAAGGGUCCAGCUGGGAUAUAUUCUAUUUCAAAUUCUAG